ACUGCCCACAUUGACUCGUCUCUCACCACCAUUGACAAACCCAAUUCCGCCCAACUGUGCCAUUGCCGGCGACGUCAAAGGCACCAAUGGCCCAUGCAUAGGGCACGAGGCGCGACCGCCGUGGAUGCGUCUGAUGCCCCACUUGCUUGUUGA